CGUGAAUCGGGUUCAUUGUGGGAGUCGAACAGAGAGAGAGAGAGAGAGAGAGAGAGAGAGAGUCUGCAGGUCGGGACAUCUGUGUGUGUGCUGUAACUCCCAUGUAAAUUGACACACAGUCAUUAGGGAAUAUACGAGUGCGGUGAGAUGGAGGAUGGGAAACCGGUGUGGGCGCCUCACCCUACUGAUGGGUUCCAGCUGGGUACCAUCGUGGACAUCGGUGCUGACAGUCUGACCAUCGAACCCCUCAAGGAAAAGGGCAAGACGUUUCUCGCUCCUGUCAGUCAAGUGUUUCCAGCCGAGGACGACAUCAACAAACAUGUCGAGGACAACUGCUCGUUGAUGUACUUGAACGAGGCUACGCUUCUGAACAACGUGCGUGUGCGCUACAGUAAAGACAAAAUCUACACGUAUGUAGCCAACAUCCUGAUCGCGGUGAAUCCUUACUAUGACAUCCCCAAGCUCUAUUCUCCUGAAACCAUCAAGCAGUACCAGGGCCGAUCUCUGGGGACGCUCCCGCCUCACGUGUACGCCAUCGCGGAUAAAGCCUACCGUGACAUGAAGGUGCUGAAGAUGAGUCAGUCCAUCAUCGUCUCUGGUGAAUCAGGUGCCGGAAAAACCGAAAACACAAAGUUUGUACUUCGGUAUUUAACAACAUCUUACGGGACGGGUCAAGACAUCGAUGAGAGGAUAGUCGAAGCAAAUCCUCUGUUGGAGGCUUUUGGAAACGCUAAAACAGUCCGCAACAACAACAGCAGCCGCUUUGGCAAGUUUGUGGAGAUUCAUUUUAAUGGAAAGAACACGGUGGUCGGGGGGUUCGUGUCUCACUAUCUGCUGGAGAAAUCACGUAUCUGCACACAGGGACAGGAGGAGAGGAACUACCAUGUCUUCUACAGGCUGUGUGCUGGAGCACCAGAGGACAUCCGUGAGAAGUUCCACCUGUCCUCUCCAAACUGCUUUAGGUACCUAAACCGAGGGUGUACACGCUACUUCGCUACAAAGGACACGGACCAGAAGGUCCUCCAGAACCGCAAGAGCCCUGAGCACCUGAAAUCAGGCCCUCUGAAGGACCCGCUGUUGGAUGACCGUGGUGAUUACAACCGCAUGGAAGUGGCCAUGAAGAAGAUCGGCCUGGACGACGCUGAGAAGCUGGAUAUGUUCAGGGUGGUGGCUGGAGUCCUUCACCUCGGUAACGUCGGCUUUGAGGAAACGGGCAGCACUUCAGGAGGCUGUAACUUAAAGAAGCAGUCGAGUCAAGCUCUGCAGCACUGCGCUGAGCUGCUGGGGUUGGAUGAAGAGGAUCUGCGAGUCAGUCUCACCUCCAGAGUGAUGCUCACAACAGCAGGAGGCGCUAAAGACACUUCUAUCAAGGUUCCUCUAAAAGUGGAACAGGCGAAUAACGCACGUGAUGCUUUAGCGAAGGCCGUUUACAGCCGUCUCUUCGAUCACGUGGUCACCAGAGUCAAUCAAUGCUUCCCCUUUGACUCCUCGGCUAAUUUCAUCGGCGUGCUGGACAUUGCUGGCUUCGAAUAUUUUGAGCACAACAGUUUUGAGCAGUUCUGCAUCAACUACUGUAAUGAGAAGCUGCAGCAGUUCUUCAAUGAGCGCAUCCUCAAAGAGGAGCAGGAGCUGUAUCAGAAAGAGGGGCUGGGUGUGAAUGAAGUGAAAUAUGUUGACAAUCAAGACUGUAUAGACCUGAUAGAGUCCAAACUUGUGGGCAUCUUGGACAUUUUGGAUGAAGAAAACCGUCUACCUCAGCCAAGCGAUCAGCACUUUACAGAAACCAUCCACAGCAAGCACAAAAACCACUUCCGCUUAUGUGUUCCCAGGAAAUCGAAGCUUACAGUGCACAGGAACGUGAGGGAUGAUGAAGGGUUCAUCAUCAGACACUUUGCAGGAGCUGUGUGUUAUGAGACGCGCAAGUUUGUGGAGAAGAACAACGACGCCCUGCACAUGUCCUUGGCGAGCCUCAUUAGCGAGUCAAAGGACCGGUUCAUACGUGAGCUCUUCGAGAACAGCUCCAAAGAUGUGAAGCAGAAAGCGGGAAAGCUCAGCUUCAUCAGCGUGGGCAACAAAUUCAAGACCCAGCUGAACAUCCUGCUAGACAAGCUUCGCAGCACGGGCUCGGGGUUUAUCCGCUGUGUGAAACCUAAUCUGAAGAUGGUGAGCCACCAGUUUGAAGGCGCACAGAUCCUGUCACAGCUCCAGUGUUCAGGGAUGGUGUCAGUGCUGGACUUGAUGCAGGGUGGCUUCCCGUCCCGCGCUCCCUUCCACGAGCUCUACAACAUGUACAAGCAAUACAUGCCUCCCAAACUCUGCCGUCUAGACCCUCGGCUCUUCUGCAAGGCUCUGUUCAAAGCUUUGGGCCUGAAUGAACACGACUACAAGUUUGGACUCACUCGAGUUUUCUUCAGACCCGGAAAGUUUAAAGAGUUUGACCAGAUAAUGAAGUCGGAUCCGGAUCAUCUGGCUGAACUAGUGAAACAGGUCAACAAGUGGCUCAUCUGCAGCCGCUGGAAGAAGGUGCAGUGGUGUGCUCUGUCCGUCAUCAAACUGAAGAAUAAGAUGCUAUACCGGGCCACUUCCUGUGUUAAGAUGCAGAAGACCGUACGCAUGUGGCUGUGCAAGAGAAAACACAAACCUCGCAUUGAUGGCCUAGUAAAGCUGCGCAGCCUGAAGAAGCAGACUGGCAUGCUCAACGAGGCAGUGACCGGCCUUAAAGAGAGCAAACAGGAAAUGAGCAAACAGAUCCAGGACCUGGAUGCUUCCAUCGACACACUCAUGCUGAAGAUUAAGAGCACCGUGAUGAGCCGCAUAGACAUGGAUCACGAGCAUCAAGCGCUGGUGAAACGCUCCGAGACCCUCCUCGGUGCCAUGCAGAAACAGAAGCAGGAGGAGGAGGAGCGAGAGAGACUGCGCCGCAUCCAACAAGAGAUGGAGAAAGAGAAGAAGAGGAGGGAGGAAGAGGAGAGACUCCGCAAACAAGCAGAGGAAGACAGACGCCUGAAAGCAGAGAUGGAGCUGAAGAGGAGGCAGGAAGAAGAGGAAAGGAAAAAGAGGGAGGAAGAGGAGAGACGAUUGCAGGAGGAGAUGGAACUGCAGCUCCAAGCUGAGCAAGAGGAACAAGCGUCCCGGCAGGCCAUACUGGAGCAGGAGAGGCGGGACCGAGAGCUGGCUCUGCGAAUUGCUCAGAGUGAGGCGGAGCUUAUUCCUGAAGAUGUGGGAGACGGCGGACUCCGCAGUAACGGCAGCAUCCCGUCAUCCCCCGAGAUAGCAACUGUUCCUCCAUCACAAAAACUGAAGGGCUUGACCAUGGAAGAAAUGGCCAAGGAAAUGUCUGAGCUUCUUGCUAGAGGUCGACAGGUGCAAUCCACGAAGUCUACAGCCGGGACCAAGAAGCACGAUCUUAGCAAGUGGAAGUACGCAGAGCUCCGAGACGCCAUCAACACUUCCUGCGAUAUCGAGCUCUUGGCUGCAUGCCGAGAGGAGUUCCACCGCAGGCUGAAGGUUUACCAUGCCUGGAAAUCGAAGAACAAGAAACGUAAUGGCGAGGCCCAGCAGAGGACCCCCAAGUCCCUCACGGACCACGCCCAGACCUACGUGGCACCUCCAAUCCCUGCUCGGCAACACGAGAUCCCGACCAACCGACAGCAACGCUACUUCCGCAUUCCCUUCGUCCGUCCCGGAGAUCAGUACAAAGACCCACUGAAUAAUAAGAAGGGGUGGUGGUACGCACACUUCGAUGGGCCGUGGAUCGCCAGGCAGAUGGAGCUGCACCCAGAUAAACAUCCCAUUCUGCUGGUAGCCGGCAAGGAUGACAUGGAGAUGUGCGAGCUGAAUUUAGAGGAGACGGGUCUGCCCCGUAAGCGCGGAGCGGAAAUCCUCGGCCGACAAUUCGAGGAGAUCUGGGAGCGCUGUGGAGGAAUCCAGUAUCUGAGGAAAGCUAUCGAGAACCGACAGGCACGGCCCACAUACGCCACGGCCAUGCUGCAGGACAUGCUCAAGUAGACAAGCACAAACAUGCGCUCGGUCGCUUGGUGGACCGUUAAACCGUGAGAGUGCUGCAGAAACUACACACACGCGCGCACACACACACACACGCGCAAAAUAUCUCAAACCAUAUUUCAAGCACACACUUGAGGCUUACACACACACACACACACACACACACACACACACACACGCACGCACACACACACACACAAAAUAUCUCAAACCAUAUUUCAAGCACACACACUUGAGGCUUACACACACACAUGCACACACACACACACACACACACACACACACACACAAAAUAUCUCAAACCAUAUUUCAAGCACACACACUUGAGGCUUACACACACACACACACACACGCACGCACACACACACACACACACACACACACAAAAUAUCUCAAACCAUAUUUCAAGCACACACACUUGAGGCUUACACACACACAUGCACACACACACACACACACACAAAAUAUCUCAAACCAUAUUUCAAGCACACACAUUUGAGGCAUACACAUACACACAAACACACACACACACACACACACACACACACACUAGGUAUAUUUCUAGUUUGAAGGGAAGAGUUUAGUUUCUUUAGUCAUAUUUUAGAUAGAAAUUUACUCAUUUGUUUCUCAAUUCAACGAUGAACUUGUUUUUAUUGAUUAUUAUUUUUUGCCCUCUUGAAUUAAUUCAUUCCCUCUGGCUUAUUUUUCGCUUUAAAUAUUUGUGUGAACUUUCCAGUGAACGUUAUCUUUUUUUUCUUUUCUUGCAUGUAUUUUUUCAUCCGUAAAUCCAUCACUGCAACUUCGAGGCCUUAAUGACUGCGACUGCCACAGUUUAAAGACGCAUCUCAGCGUACUGUGUUGUUUAUUAUCUGAUAAAUAUUCAUAAGCAAGUGUUAAUAAUUCAGCCAUUCCUAUCGGGAUAUUCCAUUUUUUUUCCAACUGUGUAGUUAUCAAAAUCUCUUAACACCUAAGACUUAAGAUCUAACUUUUAUAUUUAAAUUAAAAUAGAUUGAAAUGAAGAAUUUCACCAACUGGUGCGGAAAAAACAACUUUGCUCUUUUAAAUGAAAAUUUGCACACAGUUUUACGAACGUUUUAAUAACGAUAAUAGUCUUUUAUGGUUUGUUGAUUAUUGUCAUGGUAACCGUAUAAUUUUUCAGUUCACUGUUUACACUUGAAUUAAAAAAACAAACAAAAAAAAACUGGUCUAUAGUUCAGGUCUAAACUCUAAACGAUGCACUAUAUUUUUCUGAACGAUUUUUCUAGCAUUCCUUUAACCCGUGUCGUUAAGCUGUACCCGAUGAUCUUCCAGCUCCGAACCGAAUGUACAGAGAUUUUUACACGAUUUUACACGAUGUCCUUAAAAAUUCGAGAACUAGAUUGCGUUUUUUCCGAUAACUUUAAUCGUACUUGUUCUGCUGAAACCGUUCUUGAAUAUAUUUUAUUGUGACACUCGAGAAGGAUUAACGUUAAUUUCGGGGGGGGGGGGAAGAACUAUAAUGAUGUGUCUAAAUUAUACUUUUAUUCUUGUUAUUAAAUGUAUGCAAUACUUUAAGUAACUAAUAUACUUUUUGAAAAUGUUUGAGAAGUUUUUUUUUCUUUUUUGGUUUUGGGCCAAAUACGUAUUCUAGAAAAUAAUGACUCUAAUGUGGGGGGUGGAGGUGGGACAGGGUGGGCCAUUGUGGGGUACGAGUUUUGUACAAAGCUGAACAUUAUCUGCUGUGUGUAUGACCUGACAAACUGGAAUAAACUCGUCCGUAUUCUCA